AUGGCAGCAGCUUAUGCAGCUCUUGUUUCUGCUAUGCAUAUCAUAAACAACCUUCACCAUCAUCCUCGCCCUCCUAUUUCUCUCCACAUUAAACAAGUUGAGUCUCUCACUCAAAAGAUUCAUUUCCUGCUUGAAUUUCUCCAAGGCUAUAACCCCCAUCGUGCCUACUCCAAAGAAGCGGAUCCAUUGGAGUCUAUCAUUGCAGAUGCAGCUUAUGCAGCCGAAUACGCCAUCGAAUCUCAUAUUUUGGAUCAGUUCACAAAUAAUGGAGAAAAUAUGAUGAGUUAUGAUGGCCUUUAUGAAGCUCUGGAGAAGGUGAUAAAAGGCAUGGCUUCUGUCGAAGAGGAGGCCAAGCAAAUUCAAGGGAGAGUUGGAGUCCAACAUCAACAUCAGCUGCCUCCUGAUUCCUCGAGAUCUUCUUCGAUUCCGCAGCAGAGUAGCAUGGUGGGUGCUGAUGAUCUCAAGCGUCAAAUGAUGGAUAAGCUCACUUCUCAUUGCCAUGAUCUACAAAUCAUUCCCAUUGUAGGGAUGGGCGGCUCGGGUAAGACCACUCUUGCUAGAAAUAUUUAUGAGGAAUUUGAGCUACCAUUUCUCAAGAAGCAUUUUCAUAUUCGUGCUUGGGCUACCAUCUCUCAAGAAUAUACCAUUAGAGAAAUUUUUGCAGCUGUUCUUCGUCAGCUAAAUAUAGGAGUUGAUGACAAUUUGAGUGAGUGUGAAUUAGGAGAAAAAUUGUAUCAACAUCUUUAUCAUAGAAGAUACCUAAUUAUAAUGGAUGAUAUGUGGAGCAUUGAUGCAUGGGAUAGAGUUAGAAAUUAUUUUCCAAAUGAAAAAAAUGGUAGCAGAAUAGUGGUAACAACUAGGCUAUCAGAUUUGGCUUCUACAUUACCUAACUCUGAUAUCAUUGGGAUGAAACUUUUGGAUGAGGCUGAUAGUUGGGUGCUUCUCUCCAAAACUGUGUUUGGGAAAGAAGGUUGGCCUCUUGAAUUGGAGGAAAUUGGAAAAGAGAUUGGAAAAAGCUGCAAAGGACUUCCAUUGUCAAUUGUUGUGAUUGGAGGUCUUUUGGCCAAGUCCAAACAUGAAAGAGAGUGUUGGGAAGAGAUAGGGGAAAACUUGAAUGCAAGUGUUAAUUUAGAGGAUGAUGAACGUUGCUUGAAAAUACUAUACAUGAGUUACAAGCAAUUGCCAAUACAUUUGAAACCGUGUUUUCUCUAUAUGGGAGUUUUUCCCGAAGAUAAGGAGAUUAGUACGUCAGAUGAGCUCACUAGAUAUUGGAUUGCGGAAGGAUUUGUGAAAGCAGUAAGUGAGAAAAGCUUGGAAGAGAUAGCAAAAGAGUAUUUAAAAGACCUUAUUAGUAGAAAUCUUGUUUUAAGGAGUACUGUAACUAGAGGAAAGAAGUGUUGCAAAAUUCAUGACUUGUUGAGAGACUUGUGCUUGAGAGAAGCUGAAAAAGAAAGGUUUUAUAAUUCGACAUCGGGUAUUGUAGGCAUAAGCGCCUUGUCGCCAAUGUCACAAGGUCGUUCUUUGACGUGGAAUGUUCGAAGAAAACCAUCACCUCUCAAUAUGAGCUUGUUAAGGAUAGUGAAAUCAACUAGAUUCCACUAUGUGCUCCAGAGAGAUUUAUUUGGACACAUGGAUCAAUUAGUUAACUCACGGUUCCUUGUAGUAGGUCCUCCAAGUAGACUAAGAGAGGGGAAUAUUCCUCGUUCCAUAUGGCGAUUUUGGAAUCUACAAACACUAAUUGUUCACAACAUCAGAGAAGUUACUGCGCCAACUGAUUUUUGGUACAUGCCUCACAUCAGGCAUGUUAAUUUCAACAACGGCCUUCGUCUCCCAGAUCCUCCUAACGACCAAGAUGACAUUGUUUUGGGAAAUCUGCAAAGGCUGGGGACAGUAUUCGAUUUCAAGUGGAGCAAACAAGUGGUCAAAAAAAUUCCCAAUAUAAAAAAAUUGGUUUUUUGUAAUACAGGAGAGCAUGAUGAUGAUGAUGAGAUGAGCAAUCUCGAUUGUCUAACUAAACUUGAGUCCUUGGAAUGCAUCAUUUCUCCAAGAAGUGCAAUCAACUUUCCCCAUUCGCUCAAGAGAUUGGUUCUUCGCACCGACUCAUUGAGUUAUUGUUGGGAAGACAUAUUGGAUAAGGUAGGUGUGUUGCCCCAUCUUCAGAAGCUCACACUCGGGUUGGGGAUCAGAUUCAACGAAGGGAAGUGGGAAACAACUGAAGGCCAAUUUCGCAGCCUCAAAUUCUUGUCUCUUAAGUAUUGUGAUAAUCUAGAAAUCUGGAAAAUUGAAAGCUCCCACUUUCCAUGCCUUGAGCGCCUUCAUCUUGAUGGACUAUAUAACUUGCAGGAAAUCCCUUUAGAUUUCGCAGAAAUACCCACACUUAGAGAAAUUGCUGUGAGCGGUUGCACCGAUUCUGCAGUGGUUUCUGCAAAAAGAAUAUCAGAGGAACACGAGGACUAUUACGGGGAAGGAGCCCUUCAAGUUCUCGUUUACCUCAAUGAUGACGAAGAAGGACUGCUGGAGAGCUUUGUGUUGAAAGUUAAUGAGAAUACUACUACUAAGGUACAUAAAAGAGAGAUGGCCAUGCACACAGCCUGCACCUCUUGUUUCACUCUUCCAAAUAGAAUUACCCAUCAUUGA